CUUCUUUGCCACCACCUGAACCUUCUUGAGAAAGACUAUUUUGGGAUCCGCUUUGUGGACCCAGAUAAGCAGCGGCAUUGGUUGGAGUUCACAAAGUCUGUGGUGAAGCAAUUGAGAUCGCAGCCUCCGUUCACCAUGUGUUUCCGCGUGAAAUUUUACCCUGCAGAUCCUGCUGCGCUGAAAGAAGAAAUAACCAGGUAUUUAGUCUUCCUACAGAUCAAAAGGGAUCUCUACCAUGGCCGUCUCCUCUGUAAAACAUCAGAUGCUGCCUUGUUAGCAGCUUAUAUCCUUCAAGCGGAGAUUGGGGAUUAUGACCCAGGGAAACACCCUGAAGGCUACAGCUCCAAGUUCCAGUUUUUCCCGAAACAUUCAGAGAAGCUGGAAAGGAAAAUUGCUGAGAUUCACAAGACAGAACUCAGUGGUCAAACACCAGCAACAUCAGAGCUGAACUUUUUAAGAAAAGCACAGACAUUGGAGACGUAUGGAGUAGACCCUCACCCAUGUAAGGAUGUGUCAGGAAAUGCUGCAUUUCUGGCCUUCACUCCUUUUGGGUUUGUCGUUCUGCAAGGAAACAAGAGGGUCCACUUCAUUAAAUGGAAUGAGGUGACCAAGCUGAAAUUUGAAGGAAAGACUUUCUAUUUAUACGUAAGUCAGAAAGAGGAAAAGAAAAUUAUUCUCACAUAUUUUGCUCCAACUCCAGAAGCAUGCAAGCACCUUUGGAAAUGUGGAAUCGAGAACCAAGCCUUCUACAAGCUGGAGAAGUCAAGCCAAGUCCGCACAGUGUCCAGCAGCAAUUUAUUCUUUAAAGGGAGCCGGUUUCGAUACAGUGGCCGAGUUGCAAAGGAAGUAAUGGAGUCGAGUGCAAAGAUCAAACGGGAGCCACCAGAAAUACACAGAGCAGGGAUGGUUCCCAGCCGCAGCUGUCCCUCCAUAACCCAUGGCCCAAGGCUGAGCAGUGUCCCUAGGACCCGGAGAAGAGCUGUUCACAUCUCCAUCAUGGAAGGCCUCGAGUCCCUCCGGGACAGUGCCCAUUCCACGCCAGUGCGUUCCUCCUCCCAUGGGGACACCUUCCUGCCUCAUGUGAGAAGCAGCCGGGCAGAUAGCAAUGAGCGAGUCGCCGUGAUUGCAGACGAAGCCUACAGUCCUGCAGACAGUGUGCUGCCCACCCCUGUGGCUGAGCACAGCCUGGAGCUGAUGUUGCUUUCCCGGCAGAUCAAUGGGGCCACCUGCAGCAUCGAAGAAGAGAAGGAGUCUGAAGCCAGCACUCCAACAGCUACAGAGGUGGAGGCCCUUGGGGGAGAGCUGAGGGCCCUGUGUCAGGGGCACGGCAGGCCAGAGGAGGAACAGGUGAAUAAGUUUGUUUUAAGUGUCCUCCGUUUGCUCCUUGUGACCAUGGGACUCCUCUUUGUUUUGCUCCUCCUCCUGAUCAUCCUUACCGAGUCUGACCUUGACAUUGCCUUUUUCCGCGAUAUCCGCCAGACCCCCGAGUUUGAACAAUUCCACUAUCAAUACUUUUGUCCCCUCAGGCGAUGGUUUGCCUGCAAAAUCCGCUCAGUGGUGAGCCUGCUCAUUGACACCUGAGAAGGCAUGACUCCUCCC